CCUCCCCUGAAAGUCGGUCAUCUCUUACUCGGUCUCCAUGGCCAGACACUUUUGAAAUUCCUUAUUUUCCUGUGGACAUCGAGUACAGAUUACGCCAGGGAAAUCUUCUGUAUAUGAGAGACAAGACAUAUCUACAAGUACCCAGGGACAUGAAGCACGAGAUACUUGAAAAACUUGCUGAGGCAAUUUACAGCUUCAAGGCAUAUCCCAGCGAUCAAGAAUUCAAUGAUGUUGCAACUGCACUGAUUCAAAAACAUCCAUGCCUCAUUGAACCAGGCUCUGCCAAUGGAUGUAACGGAUGGAAAAAUAGUAUUAAGUUCAAAAUGGGCAACUACCGGACCAAACUGCGUCGAGCUGGAUGUACAGAUGUGGCCGUAAACGAAAGGAAAAGAAAAGGCCAAGCUCCUCACACAAGCAUCAAAAGACCCAAACGGUUUGAAAUCAAUUUUCUACCCAAUUUCCCUGAUGGUGAAGAUGAGACCAGUAUAGAGUCCAAACGAAAGGAACUUGUAGAGGAGAUGAGGAAACGGCAUCCAACUGCUGCUCUGAUAACCAAAAACAUGGACUCUACUUUUGCCUUGAGAAGACGAGAGUUGGUGAACUUGGAGCCUCCAGUGAAAGACACAAUGGAAAGGUGGCCAGCACUCUUUACAGAGGGUCAGAUUCUGGCAGAGUUCUGUCGCUUGUCAAGCAAAAACCUGAAUACAGAAUUCUUCAAAGAACUUGACAAAUACACUCCUCGCUUCUUUGAGAUUUUCAAGAGCAAGGGGGGAAGUGUUGGCCAGAAACUUCAGAAGUAUCUGCAACAAGUCAGACCAGAGAGUACAGAUAUUACUGCGAAGCGAACGGCAGUCCUCCGUGGCCUUCCUGUGAUCCUUGGAGAUGAGAACACAGACUUCUUCAAGACAUGCUUUGACUGCGAAGACCCAGACAUGUCUCACACCCCCAUUGGGAUCCUGACCAUCAUUCCUGAGGACAGACAGGCCUCCCCUGACUCACUCCACCUUGAGUCUUCAGGUACUGCAAUCAUUUUGGAAGGAAGAAUUGUCAUGGAUGACCUUGGAAAUCUUCCACAUGCCAUGUGCUUGCUCUUUGGACUUACUUACGCUCUGAAUUUGGAGUACCCUCAACAACUGAAGUACACCUUUGACUUCAUCCAAAGGGUGCUUCUCUCACUUGGACAUAAAUCCCUAAAACCAAAAAUACAAUCACUCAAAAAUCUUCUGAUGCAAUGAGUGAACGUGUUCACGAUGUGAAUGUGACGUGACAUGGGUCACGUUGAUACCUUUACCCUUAUUGGAAAAGUGAUUUUCUUUUUUGUUUGAUCCUUUUUUGUGGGAGGGAGCCUCAUCACACUUUCAGACUACUAAAUGGUUUUAUGUUCAUGAGGAGAAACAUGAACACCUACUUUCCUUUUAGCUUUUCUUUUUCCUUUUGUGUUAAUGCUGACAUGAUUGUGGUGAUAUUGAUUACCAACAUCAGGUUCUUUAGCCAGUUAUCUCAGACUUGAUAUCUGUUGAAAGAUAUAUCUGUUGACUUAGUAUCUGUUGAAAGUCAAUCUCUAGUGCAGUGCUAAACUCAUCCACUAAGAAUUUAAAUCAGAAAGCUCUGAGCAGGUUUCAGCGGGAGCUGUCUUAAACAUCAGGAUUACAGUUGCACAUUCAGUUGAAAUAGUGAUCUUAUUUUGCAGUCAUGCAAUAGGUGGAUUGGAAACAGAGUUGAGCUAUAUUUGCUGUUCACUUUAUUGAUGUUAGGAUAAAUGUUAGGCCCUGUAAUUGACAAUUGAGUUUAUCUAUAGUUUGUUUCACACCAUAGUCAACAGAGAUAUUUAAGCAGGGAUUCUCUAAGUUUUAAUGACUGAGGGCCGUUUUAGGGACUCAAUAUUAGAUUGAAGGCCGCCCUAGAAAAAAGUCACGUGUCACUUUUUUCUGAAAAAGUCUAUGGAAAAGUUAGUCUUUAUAUUACAUACAAAGUUUGUAAAAAAAAAAAAAGGUUAGUGUUUAUAUUACUUACAAAGUAUGUAACCACACUUGAGAACCCCUGUAUUUAAGGUAAACUUAAGUAGUUUUCAGCCUGGACCCUAUUUCUCCAUGUAUUUGUGUUCAGAACAAAAAAAGUUUAAUUAUUAAACUUUG